CUUGACUCUGGCAACUCCUUCCAGUUUCUAGUUAGGCUGCUGGAAGAUGGCGGACAUGGAGCGCGUAGGCUUGAUUCGCACGGCCUGUAUGUUAUCUAUGGGCAAAGGAAAUGGGGAGCCGAAUGCCAAGAGACAACGUACGGAGGAAGCAACUGACAGCGGGCAGGUGUUAGAAAUGGAGAAUGAAGGCAGCGCUGUGUUUACAUCGGCGGUGAUUUCACUUAGGGAGGAGGGAGAGGCCUCUGCGGACUCAGCGGCAAAUACCAGAUCACACAAUAGCGCUGAAGCGAAAGGCCUUCCUGUAGAGGAGCGGCAGAGGAUGAUGCUCCUAGUACAUCAUGACGACGAGGAGGAGGAGGAAGAGUUGGCGAAUGGAGAUCUAUCGCAGUCAGCUAUUGGUUAUGGAGAGAGCAUUCAUUUUCAUGAUGAUUUUGGAAAUGGGUUCCAUUCCUGUGACAGUGAUGAAGAUGACGCAGCUUCACAUGCAAGUUCAAGUGACUGGACUCCAAAGCCAUGUAUAGGUCCCUACACUUUUGUUCAGAGGCAUUUAAUGAUGGGCACUGAUCCCAGAACAAUUCUUAAAGAUCUACUACCAGACUCUGUUGCACCACCAGAGUUAGACGAUAUGACUUUAUGGCAGAUUGUUAUAAACAUACUUUCUGACCCUCCUAAACGGAAAAAGCGCAAAGAUAUCAAUACUAUUGAAGAUGCUGUGAAACUUUUACAACAGUGCAAGAAAAUAAUUGUAUUAACUGGAGCUGGAGUUUCUGUUUCCUGUGGCAUACCGGACUUUAGAUCUAGAGAUGGAAUUUAUGCUCGCCUUGCAGUGGAUUUUCCUGACCUUCCAAAUCCUCAAGCCAUGUUCGAUAUUGAAUACUUCAGAAAAGAUCCAAGGCCUUUUUUUAAAUUUGCAAAGGAAAUAUAUCCAGGUCAAUUCCAGCCAUCUCUAUGUCAUAAGUUUAUUGCUAUGUUGGAUAAAGAAGGGAAACUGCUUAGAAAUUACACGCAGAAUAUAGAUACGCUGGAACAGGUAGCAGGAAUCCAACGAAUAAUACAAUGCCAUGGGUCAUUUGCUACAGCUUCUUGCCUUAUAUGUAAAUACAAAGUUGACUGUGAAGUUGUCAGAGAGGACAUUUUUAACCAGAUUGUUCCCAGAUGCCCAAGAUGUUCACACAAUGAGCCUCUUGCAAUCAUGAAACCUGAUAUUGUAUUCUUUGGUGAGAAUUUACCGGAACAGUUCCACAGAGCUAUGAAAUAUGACAAAAAUGAGGCAGAUCUUCUUAUUGUUAUUGGAUCAUCAUUAAAAGUUAGACCGGUAGCUCUUAUACCAAGUUCAAUCCCACAUGAUGUGCCUCAAAUUUUAAUUAAUAGAGAACCAUUGUCUCAUCUACAUUUUGAUAUAGAGCUACUUGGAGAUUGCGACAUAAUAAUAAAUGAGUUAUGUCAAAGACUGGAGGGAAAAUACACCCAACUUUGUAACAAUUCCUUAAAACUUUCACAGAUUACGGAGAAGCCUCCUCGACCAAACAAGGCAAUUAUCAGUUCAGAUAUUUCCCAGCCUAAUUCUUUAAAUACAAAGGAGGAUUAUGAAUGCCAAGGCAAUUUGGUUCAACCAGAAAACAAUUUGACUGAGUCUGAAAAUAUCUGUGAUUCUACAAAAUCAGAACUUUCACAAAAUUGUAUUGGUGGAAAUACAGACCUAUUUCCAACAGAUAAUACACAGAAGAGUGAUAUUGGUCCACAAUCAGAACUCACUGAAUCUGCAAAGGGAUCAGAUCCCAACAGUGUUGAUCAAGAAAUCCCGGAAAAGGAUUCAUAUACUGAACCACCAAAGAAGUGUCUGGAAAAUAAAUUUAUAAAGGAACAAAUAAGCAAACGUUUAGAUGGUGAACAGUAUUUGUUUCUAGCACCAAAUCGUUAUAUUUUUCACGGCGCAGAGGUUUUUUCAGAUUCUGAUGAUGAUCUGUCAUCCAGUUCAUGUGGAACCAAUAGUGACAGUGAUUCUUUGCCAAGUCCAAGCCUACAAGAACCUAUUGAAGAGGAUAGUGAGAAUGAAGAAUUCUAUGAUAUUAAAUACGACAAUGACUCAGAUAUAGACAAUAGGGCAGGGUUAGAAGAUGACUCUGAGAAGACUGUAAUUUAUGAAAAUAAUGAUAUUUUAGGAACUGACGGUACAUCAACAACGCUAUAGAAUAAACAUGGCCUUAAAACCAAUGAAUCACCAGCAUUAAGCGUUUAAAACUGGGCAUGAAGGGUUUACCAGUUUGCGGACUCCGUUAUAGAGCAUGUGUUGCAGUUUAUUACUGAAAUUUGUCAAGAGUUUUUAAAGAAAAAUUUGUAUUGACACUAAAGCAUUCUGUAAUUAUUUGUAACGAUCCAGCUCACUUUUUUUUUUCUUUUCAGUGUUUACUGGUAAACUUGCAAACUUGUUUGUUAAUUUGUGUAAAAUUAAAUACACAUUUUUAUGUUGGAAAAACUGUCUUUUUCAGGGUAUUUUGGUUAUUUUUUUUAUUUUUUUAUUGUGCAGCUACAAAAUAGGCCAAAGACACAGUUUGUUUUUUGAGUGAAAAUAUUAUAUUGUGACAUAGGCCUAUAUUUAUCACAACCGUACACAUUUCUUCUGGACUACUUUAUCAGGAGAUCAGUAGGGAUUGUUUUUUUGUUGUUUUUUUUUUUUAUUGCUACUGAUAACAUUGAUUAAACACCAGCACGUAGGUUUUGAUUCAAAUAUAAUUGAUUUUAUGAUUACACAACAAGAUAUAAUGCAGCAGUUUAACCUUAUAUAUAGAAAGCAGAUAUUGCUUUAUUUUCCUGAAUUUUUAACUUCUGUAAUGCAUGAAGUGCUGGUACAUUUAUCAUUACAGCAUAUUUUUAUUAUUAUUAUUUUUAUUUUUUGCUGGGGGGGGGGGUCUGGAAGCAGUGUUGCACAAAAAGUAAAAAAUGUUUAGAGAAAACAGUAUUCUUGUCCAGCCAAUAAUAAUGAUAGUAGUAGUAAUAAAAAAAAUCCUAAUACACAUUGGGGUGCAAUAUCUGGUUACAAAAGAGUGAUAAUUGACUCUCUAAAUAUUAUUGUAUAAUGUAUUUGUAUAUUAUUCGUUUGGGAGGUUAUUAUGGGUUAAAGAGGAAUUUUUCUUGCGACCUGAUGAUCUUUGAUUGAAUUUGCACUUAAUUUUGCAAGGGAGUAUUGUCUACUACCUUUUACUUUUUAAAGGGACAUACAUGACACUCAAUUUUGUUUUCACUGUUUUAGCUAAAAUUAUCUAUUGCAUUGCUUUUAUUUUUGUAUUUUUUUUUUUUUUUUUUUAACAAAAUUGAUUUUCCUGUACUGAAUAAACCAUUGUCUUUGGGAGUUGUCCCUAUCAGCCCAAUAGCAGUACAGUCUCAAGACUCAGUUGUACGAAAUCAUGCACUUCCUAAUAGUUUCAAAUGAAAAUUUUCAUGCAAAAUAUAUAAUUAUUUUUUUAAUUUAACAUUUGUAACCGCUGCUCAACUAAAUGAUGUAACGUUUUUAAAUAUGUCCCUUUAAGCUGAACUAGUUUACUAUGUAAGAAUAUGUAGCAGCAAUCAUUUUUCUAAGGGAUACUCGAACAAGUUAAGUAUGUGUGCACACUACUCAGUCAAUCAAAAUAUCAUCUUGCAAAGAACUAUAGAACAAAAGUAUGUUCCGUUGAUUACCCAUGUUAAAAUAGCCAUAUGAAAUAUGUAUAUAUUUGAGGACAAUUCCUAAUAGCAGUGUUUCUUUACAAUAUCUUACAGUGCUACUUUUUCUCAUGAGCUAAAUAACUCCAAUAGAUCUACGAGUUGUUUAUCAGAAAUAACUUUUAUAUUUUGUUUUUUUCCCCACAUUUUUGUUUCUUCUGAUUUUUAUUUUUAACACCAAUAAAGAAUUCACUCUAUAGUCUGCAGAGAUUGUUUUGGUUAGUGUAGUUUUUUUUAGUGCAUUGUUACUGUAAAUGGAAUACUAAAAAAUGGUCCAUUAAAAUCACAUUUUAGAAAUUGUAUUGAUAGUUUUCAAUAAUAAUAAAAGUUAAAUCAUAUGUGUAUAUAUUUCCUCGAUAUUAAAGUGAUGCAACCCUUUAUGAAUUUGGAAGUUUUGUUGUAGAAAAUAUGUGCCUAAUUUAUUUUCAUUUAGGUCUAGAUUUGGUCUGUCUUUUUGUGUGGUGAAAACCUUGUCACUGUGGUAGAAUUUGUAUAAAAUAUUAAUUUCAAUAAAUUCUAUCAUUGUAUUACUUUGCAA